AUGAUUAUCUACAAGGACAUUGUCUCCGAUGACGAGAUCAUCUCCGAUACCUUCAAGCUUGUCCCCUCCAAGGACUGCGACAUCUUGUGGGAGGCUGAUUGCCGCAAGUACAUGAAGCGCAAGAACGAGGACUUCGCUCUUGAGGGUGCCAACCCUUCCGCUGAGGAUGCCGAUGAGGAGGGUGGUGAGGGUGAGGCCGUCAUGGUCCACGACAUCGAGGACCAGUUCCGUCUCGUCUGGCUCAAGUACGAGGAUGGCCUCAAGCCUUCCAAGGAGAACUACAAGUCCUACCUCAAGGGCUACAUCAAGAAGCUCAACAAGCGUGUCGCCGAGACCAAGACCCCCGAGGAGCUCAAGGCCUGGCAGGAGAAGGUCAAGGUUGCCAUGAAGAAGGUCACCGCCAACUACGACAACUACGAUCUCCUCAUGGGUGAGUCCAUGAACGGUGAUGCCAUGUACGUCCUCAUCGAUUUCCGUGAGGAUGGUGUCACCCCCUACGCUACCGUCUGGGCCGACGGCCUCAAGGAGGAGAAGGUCUAG